ACUUCUCCACUUCGUCUUCUAUUUGUGACGCCUGAGAAGCUGGCUAAGAGCAAGCGCCUCUUGCAUCGUCUCGAGUUAUCUUAUAACCUGUCGGCAGGCGAUUCUUCAGCCUCCGGAUCGACAAAUUGUUGUGCUUCAUCCAAAAACAAUUACCCACGCCUAGCUAGGUUUGUAAUUGAUGAAGUCCAUUGUGUCAGCCAGUGGGGUCACGACUUUCGACCGGAUUACAAGUUCCUCAACGUGGUGCGUCGUCAAUUUCCAGCCUGCCCGAUACUCGGGCUUACUGCUACUGCGUCAGCAGAAGUGAUUGUUGACGUGCAGAAAAUGCUGGGACUAACGCCAGAGACCUGCCUUGUCCUCCGGUCGGGAUAUAAUCGACCCAACCUUCGUUAUCAAGUGUGUGCUAAUACGUGA